AUGUCCAGCUACCCUCGACCACGCCGGUUCGAAGACUUCCGCAUCGCCAUAAUAUGCGCACUGCCUCGCGAAUACGAUGCCGCCAUCCUGGCUUUCGAUGAGAUCUGGAACGAUGAUGGAAAUGGGUACGAACCUGCGCUCAGGCAACACAGCAAUCACAUGCUGGGGCGGAUUGGAGUCCAUAAUGUUGUUCUCGUCCUUCUCCCGAACAUGGGAAAGGUCAGCGCGGCAAACGAAACAGCUCGUCUCCAGUCCACUUAUGCUGGCCUCGAGCUGGCUAUCUUGACUGGCAUCUGCGGUGGAGUGCCUAGUCCUGGGACCGAGAAAGAGGUUCUGCUUGGGGACGUAGUCAUCAGUGAGAGUAUCGUGCAAUAUGAUCUGGGCCGACAGUACCCCAGUAAGUUUAGCAGGAAAGACACAGUCGAUGACAAUCUCGGCCGACCGAACAAAAACAUUCGUAUUCUACUUACCGUCCUGGAGACGCAGCUUGGCCUGAACGAAAUGCAGCGCGAACUCAACCAAGGCCUCGCUCAAAUUCGGCAAAAAGCCAUUGACGCAAAAUACCGGUGCUGCUAUGACCGUCCUGCGGCCGAAGAAGACAUGCUCUUUGAGCCAGACUAUCCUCACAAACAUCGGAACCAGUCAUACUGUGGCUGUGGCGUGUCUACUACCUGCGAUGAAGCGAUUAGUGCUUCUUGCGAGGAUCUUCAGUGUGAUCAUAGACGCCAAGUGUUCAGGAAACGACUCGAGUCUAAGAGAAAGCGAGAAUUGGGGGAGGAAGGGGGCAUCGCCAACAUACACGAAUCUCGGAUACACAUUGGAUGUAUAGGCUCAGGUGAUACGGUGAUGAAAUCUGGCGAACAUCGGGACCGGGUUGCUGCAGAGCAUGGCAUUGUGGCCUUCGAGAUGGAGAGCGCGGGGGUUUGGGAUGAGUUUCCAUGCAUCAUCGUCAAGGGUGUAUGUGACUACGCCGACAGUCACAAGCACAAGAAGUGGCAAAACUUCGCCGCUGCAACGGCUGCCUCGGCAACGAAGGCGCUCCUUCAGCGCUACCCCAGAGAGAAGAAAUUUAGGGUCAUCAGUGCAGGCUGUAAGUAA